GCGCCGAAUUUCCCAACACAAUCGAAUCCAUCACCCACCGAUUUAUCAUCCCAUCCCGAUCAAACUACACACCACCAGCGCCAUCAAUUGAUUCUCCUCCGCUAUUCACAAUGUCUGGAGGGCCGUGUCCAGACUGUAUCAGUGGCAGCGUCCACCUGGGGACCCCCACCGGCACUGUAACGACAAUCCACGGCCUUCCCGUCUACGUUUCGAAGCCCGACGAGGGCGUAACACCCAAGGGACUCGUCGUCUACAUACCUGAUGCGUUCGGCUGGGACUUUGUCAACAAUAGAAUUCUAUCCGACCACUAUGCAAAGCGCGGCGGGUUCGUUGUCUACCUACCAGACUUCAUGGGCGGCCACUCGCUGUCCCCGGACGCCCUGAGCCUCAUGGAUAAGAUUACAGCGCCCGCCAGCUGGUUCACGACGCUCUUCUACAAGCCCCUCUACGUCCUGCGCGCCAUGACCCUGUUCAUCCCCUGGCUCUACCGCGUGCGCAGCUCGGUCGUCAAGCCGCGCCUGCUCUCCUUCUUCAAGUCCCUGCGACUCUCUCCUCCUCCUUUCCCGACCUCGAAUCUGAAGAUUGGCGCCGCCGGGUUCUGCUGGGGCGGUAAGUACACGAUCGAGCUAUGCGGCAAUGCGCCGUCCACGCGCGUCGUGCGCCACCCGGAGCAGUCCUCCUCGACGGCUCUCGAGCCCUUGAUCGAUUGCGGCUUCACGGCGCAUCCUUCGAAUGUCUCGAUGCCGAUCGAUAUCCAGAAGGUGGAGCUACCGCUGAGCGUGUCGGUUGGGAAUGAGGAUAUGGCCAUGAAGGGCACGCUGAUUAUGCAAAUGAAGGAUAUCCUGGAGAAGAAGGGGAGCCAUCAUGAGGUUGUCAUCCUACCCGGUGCGAAACACGGGUUUGCGAUCCGUAGCCAUCCGGAGGAUAAGUUGCAGAUGGACUAUGCGGAGAAAGCGGAGGUUCAGGCCAUUGACUGGUUUAGGCGCUGGUUCGCUUGAGUUUGGGGUUUUGUGGAGUUGGGGAUUGAUUGCCUUGGGCAAUAGCAAUUGUACGCGGAUUUGAUCACGGAGUUACGCAGCAAGCUCAUCUCUGGAAUUGCAUCGAUUUUCAAAAUACCUUGAUUGAAAACCAAACUUGAACUUAACUCAUGG